AUGGCGUCGACGACUGCCAUCCCGCAGGGCAGCGUCCGUCAGCGCAACACGGCUUCGAAGAAGUCGCCUGUGGCCUCGGAUAGCGAGCCCGAGGUCAAGGUCAAGGCCAAGGCCAAGGCCAAGUCUGUUGCGCGCUCCCUCAAGAAGCCCUCAGAGACCGAGUAUAGUGUUGGGCUUGCCAUCACCACCCUUUUGGCAUUCGUCACCAGAUUCUGGGGCAUCAGCCACCCGAACGAGGUUGUCUUCGACGAGGUCCACUUCGGCAAGUUUGCCUCUUACUACCUCGAGCGUACCUACUUCUUCGACGUGCACCCUCCCUUCGGAAAGCUCCUGUUCGCCUUUAUGGGAUGGCUUGUGGGAUACGAUGGUCACUUCCACUUCGACAACAUUGGUGACUCAUACAUCACCAACAAGAUUCCCUACGUUGCCUUCCGAGCCCUCCCCGCUAUCCUCGGCGCUCUCACUGUUACUGUGACCUACCUCAUCAUGUGGGAGUCUGGCUACAGCCUUCCUGCCUGUCUGCUCGCCGCCGGCCUUGUCCUUCUUGACAACGCGCACAUCGGUCAGACCCGUCUCAUUCUGCUCGACGCCACUCUUGUCUUCGCCAUGGCAUGCAGCUUGCUCUGCUACAUCAAAUUCCACAAGCUGCGCCACGACCCCUUCUCCCGCAAGUGGUGGAAGUGGCUUAUCCUUACGGGCUUCGCGCUCUCGGCCGACAUCUCGGUCAAGUACGUGGGUCUCUUCGCCUUUGUCACCAUCGGCUCGGCGGUCGCCAUUGACCUGUGGGAGCUUCUCGACGUCAAGAGGCCCGGCGGUGCGCUGAGCCUGCCCGACUUCGCCAAGCACUUCCUCGCCCGUGCCUUUGGCCUCAUCAUCAUGCCCUUCCUCUUCUACCUCUUCUGGUUCCAGGUCCACUUUGCCAUCCUCAACCGAUCCGGCCCCGGUGACGACUUCAUGUCGCCCGAGUUCCAGGAAACCCUCAGCGACAAUGUCAUGCUUGCCAACUCGCUGGAAAUCAACUACUACGACUCGCUCACCAUCCGCCACAAGGAGACAAAGACGUACCUGCACAGCCACCCUGACCGCUAUCCUCUCAGGUACGACGACGGUCGUGUGUCGAGCCAGGGCCAGCAGAUUACAGGCUACCCCUUCAACGACACGAACAACUACUGGCAGAUCCUCCCCUUGGAGGGAGAGGAGACCACUGGCCGUGUCGUCAGGAACCACGACCUCGUCCGUCUGAGGCACACAGUGACCGACAUGAUCCUGCUCUCGCACGAUGUCGCGUCUCCCUCGUACCCCACCAACCAGGAGUUCACCGCCGUCAGCAUCGAGGAGGCCCUCGGUGCCCGCGCCAAGGACACGGUCUUUGAGAUCCGCAUCGAGCACGGCAAGAAGAAGCAGUCGUUCAAGAGCGUGUCGGGCCACUUCAAGCUGAUCCACAACCCGAGCAAGGUAGCCAUGUGGACACACUCGAAGCCGCUGCCAGACUGGGGCCACAAGCAGCAGGAGAUCAACGGCAACAAGCAGCUCACGGCGGCGUCCAACGUGUGGUUCGUCGAGGACAUCCCGUCGCUCCCCGAAGACGAUGUGCGCCGUGCCAAGCCCGAGAAGAAGGUCAAGACGAUGCCAUUCCUCAAGAAGUGGUUCGAGCUGCAGCGCGCCAUGUUCUGGCACAACAACCAGCUGACCAGCAGCCACCCGUACUCGAGCCACCCGUACCAGUGGCCCUUCCUACUCCGCGGCGUGAGCUUCUGGACCAAGAACGACACGCGCCAGCAGAUCUACUUCCUGGGCAACCCAGUGGGCUGGUGGAUCGCCAGCAGUCUCCUCGCUGUGUUUGUCGGCAUCAUUGGCGCCGACCAGGUGUCUCUGCGCCGUGGCAUCGACGCUCUGGACCGCCGCUCCCGCAACCGUCUCUACAACUCGACGGGCUUCUUCUUCCUCGCCUGGGCGACGCACUACUUCCCCUUCUACCUCAUGGGCCGCCAGCUGUUCCUCCACCACUACCUGCCGGCACACCUGGCGUCGUGUCUCGUGGCCGGUGCCCUCCUCGAGUUCAUCUUCCUGGCGGAGCCCGUUGGCGAGGACAAGAAGGCGAAGAAGGUCGAGGACGCGCCGAAGCGACACCUCACGGCGCGUGAGCGUCUCGGCGGACAGAGCAUGGCGGGCGCGUGGAUCGCGGCCACCGUGGUGCUCGCCCUCGCCGUCGCGGGCUGGUGGUUCUUCCUGCCCCUGACCUACGGCUACCCCGGCCUGUCGGUCGACCAGGUGGUGCGGCGCAAGUGGCUCGGCUACGACCUGCACUUUGCCAAAUAA